AUGUUCCUAAGUUCCUGUGGGCAUCUUCUCUUGACGUUCCUGGCCUUGGGCUGGCUAGAUUUGGAGAUUCCCACUGUGAGAGCAGCUCGGCUCCGAGAGCAUUACAUAGCAGCACAAUUCACCAGCUGGAGCUAUGGAUCCCCACCCAAGGAACAAUCCAGAGUACCAAAUUCAGGCUCUUUAUUCAACAAAAUUGUCUACAGGGAGUAUGAAGCCGGUUUCCAAAAAGAAAAACCACCAGAUGCUCUCUCAGGGCUUCUGGGGCCAACGCUACAUGCUGAAGUGGGAGAUACUCUCAUCAUUCAUUUUAAGAACAUGGCAAACAAACCACUGAGCAUUCACCCACAAGGCAUAUCAUACAGCAAACAAUCGGAAGGUGCCUCGUAUUCUGACAAAACAUCACCUAUGGAGACACUGGAUGAUGCUGUGCCUUCAGGCCAGACUUAUAAGUAUGUGUGGGCAAUCACUGCAGAAAUUGGGCCUCGAAAAGCUGACCCCGCCUGUCUCACCUAUACCUACUACUCCCAUGAAAACAUGGUACAGGAUUUUAAUUCUGGCCUUAUCGGUGCCUUGCUGAUAUGUAAAGAAGGAAGCUUAUAUGAAAAUGGAACACAGAAAUUGUUCGAUCAGGAAUAUGUGUUGAUGUUUGCUGUAUUUGAUGAAACCAAAAGCUGGCAAAAAGUUACUUCCCUCAUGUACACGAUCAAUGGUUAUGCUAAUGGAACUCUUCCAGACGUAGAGGCGUGUGCUUAUGAUCGCAUUAGCUGGCAUUUGAUAGGGAUGAGUUCUGCACCAGAGAUCUUCUCCAUCCAUUUCAAUGGUCAAACGCUGGAGCAAAACCACUACAAAGUGUCGACCAUCAACCUUGUCGGAGGGGCAUCAACCACAGCAAACAUGUCUGUGAGCCGCACAGGAAAGUGGCUAAUAUCUUCCAUUGUCCAAAAACAUCUGCAAGCUGGAAUGCACGGUUACCUCAAGAUAGAAGAAUGUGGAAAUCUAGAUAUAUUAACAAAGAAAUUAUCCUAUAAAGAACUGCGAAUGAUUAAAGAUUGGGAAUAUUUCAUUGCUGCAGAAGAGGUCAUCUGGGAUUAUGCUCCACAAAUUCCUGAGAGUGUUGAUAGACAAUACAGAGCUCUGUAUCUGGAGAAUUUUUCAAAUCUCAUUGGGAAGAAGUACAAAAAGGCUGUUUACAGGCAAUAUAUAGAUGCCAACUUCAGCAAACAUACAGAAAGUACCUGGCCAAAGGACCGUGGAAUUUUGGGGCCUGUUGUCAGAGCAGAGGUUAGAGACAGAAUCAGUAUUGUAUUCAAAAAUAUGGCCAGUCGACCUUACAGCAUUUAUGUGCAUGGUGUAACACUUUCAAAAGAGGCAGAAGGAGCUGUCUAUCCUUCAGACUCCAAAGAGAACAGCACACAAAGUAAAAUUGUCCAACCAGGAGAAACAUAUACGUACAAGUGGACUGUACUUGACACAGAUGGUCCCACAGCAGAGGAUCCUCAGUGUGUUACCAGAUUGUAUCAUAGUGCUGUGGAUGUGACAAGGGAUAUCGCCUCCGGACUGAUUGGACACCUUCUGAUCUGUAAAGGCAGGGCGCUUAACCAGAGAGGAGUGCAGAACAAGGCUGAUGUGGAGCAGCAUGCCGUCUUUGCGGUGUUCGAUGAAAACAAAAGCUGGUAUUUGGAGGACAACAUCAAGCAGUACUGCAGCAACCCCUCCACUGUCAAAAGAGAUGACCCCAAAUUCUACAAGUCUAAUGUCAUGCACACUCUCAAUGGCUUCGCAUCUGAUGGAACAAAUAUCUUGGGAUUUUGCCAGGAUUCCAUUGUUGAAUGGCAUCUCUCCAGUGUAGGCACCCAAGAUCUGACCGUGCCCGUACAUCUUCUGGGUCACACUUUUCUGAACAAAGGAAAAGAUCAAGACAUAUUAAAUCUUUUCCCCAUGAGUGGUGAAUCUGCAACUGUGACCAUGAACAAUGUUGGAACCUGGCUUCUGUUCUCCUGGGGCUCCCGUGAAAUGAGCAAUGGCAUGAGAACAAGGUUUAGGGACGUCAAAUGUGAAACUGAUUACACAGAAGACGAUGCUUUUUAUAGUGUCUUUGUGCCCCCUGAAAUACUUCCCGUGGCCGCUACAGAAACAACAGCAAAAAAAGAAAGAGGCACAAUAGCAGAAGACUAUGAUUAUCAAGAAAACCUAGCCACCCUUUAUGGAUUCCAAGAAGAAGACUAUGGGGGAAAGAGAGAGGAUGAGAAGGAAGAGGAUUCCCAAGAAGAAUUAGCUUCAUUGCUGGGACUUCGAAGUUUUAACAGUUCAGCUGCUGAGGAAGAGGAGUAUAAUCUUACUGCUCUUGCAAUGGAAGACACUUAUGGCACCAGCUCUACAAGAAACUAUGACCUACCUGUAACCUUAGAUCAAGUGUUUACAAAUAGUAGUGAUAAUUUGCACGGUGGUGAAAUGCUGGAAACUCAAAGUACCACUUCUUACCUCACCGCCAUUAGUUCACUCCAUCCAAAUUACUCGUCUUUGGCUGAAGAGGCUGUGUUUUCAGAUAUCACUACAGUAGUUAGCAUCUUAUCAUCUGAAGAAGGCCAAAGUAGUGAUGGAGAGAAUAGUACUGUGAUCUCAAUUAGUUAUAAUCAAACAAAUGGAGCAGAGCCCCUGAGAACUGAUGGGGAAGCACAGAGCAAAGAUCCAGCAGAAUUGUUAGCUGACACAGAGAAUAGCACCAUGGCCAUAUUUUCACAACCCUCUUCAAAGAAGGAAGAAGAAGACAAUGCAGAUGGAAAAGAUACUUUGGACAGAGAGAAGGUAAAACAAGGUCUAUCAGAGGCAAUGUUUUUUGCUGUUAAACAGAUGCGUGCUCUGCUCUUUUAUGUGCAACAAAAGAGAAACCUCUCUGCUUUAGGCAACACAACUUCAGGUAUGGCCUUUCUUGCCAUACCUAGAGCAGAAAACACCUCCACCUUAGAUAAUUCACAAUUUAAUUUAGAAACUGAUUACAUUUCAGAUGAUUAUGAUGAAGAUGAGUUUCCCAUCCUUUCAACUAAUUUAACUUCUGCUGUGGAGCAGGCAGCCAAAAGUGAUGAGUUUGAAUCACCCCAUGCUUCUGAAUUAGUAUUGUCAAAAUUCCAGCGACAUAGCAAUUCAACUUUGGGUGAUAUUUUAGGCAUCUUAGUUCCUACGGUCAUUCCAAAGCCACUAACAGAAAGACCGAAAGUUUUACCUCUCAAAAGGCAGAAGUGUCCCUCUAAAAAGACAAAUUAUGAGUGGAAUUUUGUCUCUGAGAAAGAGAAUUAUGACACAGGGAUAGACCUUACUAACACUGUUGAUGACAAAUUUCAGAACAGCUCUAGAAAUGCCACAAUGGAUCCAGAAAAUACCAUAUUCCCUGGUAAAAAAAAGCAAGAGAGGUAUAAAGGAGAUUCCCAGCCUGACCUUGGCCAAGAGGAAGUGGGCAUCAAGCAUGGAGUUCUGAUUGAAAAGGAACAUGAAAACUGUACUAUGAAGACAUCUGGUACUUUCUUGAAAGCCCGACGAAAGAAGAAAAAGGAACAUCUACGUGCCUCAAUGACUCCAAGAGGUUUCAAACCUCCAGAGUCAUCUAAGGGGCUCAACGAUACCCAAGCUUUCAAUAAAGCCAACCAUACUAUGCUACUGAAUGAAGUCAAUUAUACUCUGACACCAAGUCAAGUUAAACCUUUUGUCAAGAUAGGCCUCCCCAAUGAAAAUGGGGACUAUGAAGAGUUUGACCCAAUAUACUCAGACAGUGAAGAGAGUUCCAGUGGUUCAGUCGAAUAUGAAACUGUACACUAUGAUGACCCAUAUACAACAGACUCCCGACUUAACUUAAGUUCCGUGCGUAACCCUGAUGACAUAGCUGGGCACUAUCUACGUGCUUUCGAUAAUGGGUACAAGAGGAUAUACUACAUUGCUGCUGUAGAAGAUGUGUGGGACUAUGCAGCAUUUAGGAAAAGUGCAGUGAAAAGUGGCUCAGCCAGCACAGUGUACAAAAAGGUGGUUUUCCGAGGUUAUCAAGACAGCACUUUCAGAACGCCUGUAGUUAGAAGGGAAUAUGAAGAUCACCUUGGCAUCCUUGGUCCCAUCAUCAGAGCUGAAGUAGACGAUGUCAUCCUGGUUCAUUUUAAAAAUCUGGCCUCCAGGGCAUAUUCUCUUCAUGCUCAUGGACUUUCCUAUGAGAAAUCGUCUGAAGGCAGAAGCUAUGAUGAUCAGUCUCCAGAAUGGUUCAAGAAUGAUGAUGCAAUCCAGCCAAAUGGCACCUAUACCUAUGUCUGGCAUGCGACCAAACGGUCAGGACCUACACAAGAUGGGAAAGUUUGUAGGUCCUGGGCCUACUACUCUGCUGUAAACCCAGGAAAAGAUAUACACUCUGGCUUGAUUGGGCCAAUUUUGAUCUGUCAAAAGGGAAUGCUUGACAAGUAUAACAAGCCAAUAGAUAUGCGGGAAUUUGUCCUCCUGUUUAUGGUCUUUGAUGAAAAGAAGAGCUGGUACUUCAAUAAACAGGCCAAGAAGACGUGUGCAGACAGAACUGCUGAUGCUGAAAGAUGCCACACAUAUCCUGCUAUUAAUGGGAUCCAGUACCAAUUGCCAGGAUUGCGGAUGUAUCAGGAUGAGAUGGUUCAUUGGCAUCUGCUGAACACUGGUGGGCCGAAAGAUAUUCAUGUGGUUCAUUUUCAUGGUCAGACAUUCACAGAACAGGGAAUGGAAGAUCAUCAGCUUGGCGUCUACCCACUCCUUCCUGGUUCAUUCCGCACUGUUCAAAUGAAGCCAUCAAAAGCUGGUGUGUGGCUUUUGGACACGGAGGUUGGUGAAUAUCAGCAAGCUGGAAUGCAGACUGCUUUUCUUGUUAUCGAUAAAGAAUGCAAAUUACCCUUGGGUCUGGGAAGUGGCAUUAUACAAGAUUCACAAAUAAGUGCUUCUGAUCACAAACCUUACUGGGAACCCAAAUUGGCAAGAUUACACAAUAAUGGGAAAUACAAUGCGUGGAGCACCGAGAGGAAAGAAAAUGGUUCCUGGAUCCAGGUGGACCUACAGAGGGAAGUUCUAAUUACAGGGAUUCAGACCCAGGGAGCCAAGCAGUUAACAAAACACUUGUAUACAGAGAAAUAUUUUAUCGCGUACAGCAAAAAUGGGAGAAGGUGGAUUGCCUUCAGAGGAAACAGUACAGGGGCACAGAAGUUUUUUGAAGGUAACUCUGAUGGCACUGGAAUAAAAGAAAAUCACAUUGAUCCUCCUAUAAUUGCUAGGUAUAUUAGGGUAUAUCCAACUGCGUGCUAUAACAGACCUACACUUCGUAUGGAAUUGCUGGGCUGUGAAACAGAAGGCUGCUCUAUGCCACUGGGUUUAGAAAAUGGGGCUAUUAAGGAUGCACAGAUUACAGCCUCCUCCUAUAAGAAGAAUUGGUUUCGUUCAUGGCAGCCAUCCCUUGCCCGCCUCAAUAGAGAAGGGGGGGUGAAUGCCUGGCAAGCAAAGUCAAACAACAAUAAUCAGUGGCUGCAGAUCGAUCUCCUUCAACCUAAGAAGAUAACAGCUAUUGUUACCCAAGGUGCCAAAUCACUGACUACUGAAAUGUAUGUGAAAGCAUUCUCCAUCCUUUACGGUGAUAAUGAGUCAACAUGGAGGCCUUAUUUGGAUAGCUCAACUUCCAUGGAAAAGGUGUUCAUGGGUAAUAUUAAUAGUAAUGGACAGAUCAAGCACUUUUUCAACCCACCUAUAUUUUCCAGGUUCAUUCGCAUUGUUCCCAAAACAUGGAAUCAGGGCAUUGCUCUUCGGAUGGAACUUUUUGGUUGCAGCAUUUUUUAG